GCCGCUCUACUGCACUCUAACCCGUGCAGUGCGUCUUGUCAGUAAUGCGCAUCGUCUAGUCGAGGUUCCCGUCGUCGCCAAAAUGGACAGAGAUCUUCAGAGACGGAGCGCGGUCUCCGUGCAGUCGUCUACCCCUUCGUCGCUGCGACACUGCUCAUACCCGACGCCUUCCUCCGCAAAAAGGGUCUCUCUGAGACACAGCCCAACGAAGAGUUAGUCCUGCCGCAAUCUCUCGACCCUGGCCCAAUCAAGGGAUACGGAACCGCGCAAACCCUCAAGCUAACCUGUGCCCAUCUGUCCAUCUCCAGCCAGAUCCAGACCGGAAUCUCUUCAGCCUGCCGCCGUCACUCGUGUCAAGGGAGAUAUCGCAAUGGAUUCGCGGACGAGCACAGAUAUGUCCUGCACCGAGGACUUACCUUCGAUGACCGCUUCGCCGAAGUCGACCAUUUCACACACCCCUCGAUCACGAACACCGGAGACCACCACGACCCUGGUCAACCCUUCAUCUUCCCUGCUACAGGACCUUUUGAAAGAGCAACGUGCGUCGCGAGGCUCGCGAGGGGCGAUGUCGGAAGAAUGCGACGAUCGCACACCCCGUACGCCGGAUCGUUCCGGCUCUGAUUCCCAAUCCCAAUCUCAACAAGACGAACCGGGUUCGGCGAGACAGCGCAAGAUAAACAACGCCCUUUCUUCCGGUCUCAAGCAGCCGCGGGAGAUGGGGAUGCGGGAGACAGACCAAUAUAUUUCGAAAAUCAACAAGCAAAACUUUGACUUGAAACUUGAGAUUUUCCACCGCGCCCAACAGAUUAUCGCCAUGGAGAAGAAACUUGAACGGAUGGCUGAGAUGGAGGAGGAUCUCCAGCGACUGCGACAAAUGGAGGAUGAGCUCCAGGAGCUCCGAGAUGCCGAGGAGGACAACCUCAGGCUACGAGAAUCGAAUGAACAGUUGCGACAAGAGAUCGACAAGCGGGACCAGGCAGUCACGGAGGCCGUGGAUUUGAUCUGCCAGCUGGAGUCCCGAAUAGAAGAGCUGGAAGGGGGCCAGGAUGCGUCUCGGCCUUCCACGGCUCGCGGCCCUAGUGAUGACUAUGACCUUGAGACACCCAGAAACAAGACCACUUUCGAAAUACCCGAACGAAGAUCUUCGAAACGAAGCUCUGCAUCUGGGGACUACCGGCGGGUAUCAUCCAGCUCACGAAACCUCAAGAGGCCCCCGUCAUUUCUUACCGACCGGAAAGACAGUACUGCGGCCUUGCGGAGCCUCUAUGUCCCGGUUGACGAUCAAUGUGGAAUGAGUGUGAUUACAAAGUCGGACAGCCACAAUUCUAUGAACGAGACCCCGGAUAUUGAGUCACCAAGACUCAGUGCUUUGAGCGAAUGCAGUGAACUAAACCCGUAUGCCGACGGACUGGACCAAAUCACGAUCCCCAUUCGAAAACGAGAGCCACCUUCGGAGAAGUCUGACUUGUCAAUGUCCCAGAGCAGCGAUUUAGAGGAGCGUCAAUUUGCUGAUUGGAUCCAACCCCAGCCGGACCCCUUUGCGGACAAAGUCUCAAAUAUGAAGCCGCCACUACUAAAUACUUUCCAGGAGUCGGAUAAGCUCCGUGCUGACAGCGAUGCAUUUUGGAGUACUUCUAACCAGCGGACGCCACUAGACAGCGUGUUUGGGAGCACAAGGCUCCCGCCCACCCCUGAUACUAUGAGCACGGCAUACGCAGGAGGCGGCAACGGGUCCAAUGGCAGUGCUACCGCCGACAAAGGCCAGAGUGAUCAGACUCAGUCUGUGAAACGAAGGCUUGCGCGUCCCCGUUCUGCCGGCGAAUUGACAACGAAGCAAACCUCCGAAUAUAGCAACGUUACAGAUGGUUUGAACACCAACACAAGCAAAGUUACACUGCCUCGACGCAGCCUUGACAAAGAAGAAAUACCCGCCAUAUUCCCGCUGGACAGCAUCACAUCCAGAACGGGAGCCCUUCUCAGUCAAGAAUCCAUCAUCAAGCCCAGCUUCGGUCAUUACGGGGGCAACGAGAUAUUCAACCCCCAUGGUUUGGAAAGGGUGUUCUCGAAGAUGGAUCGACAUCACUACUCACCGGCAAUGUUUGAGGCAAGGCAAAGAGGCCCCGCUGCAUCACCACCUCUGACUCCGCAGGACUGGGUGGAAGCGGCAAAGUCAGGGGGUCCUGCCAGAGAAGAUCAGACCGGCGUUCCUCCUACCGGUCCUCUCCCAGCGGGGUCACGACUAGUUGGUGCUCGAGCACCAAGCCAAUCCUCUUUCCUUGGUCGACGGCAUAGCAUCGACUCGGCCGUCCGAGACACCGAUCUUCCCACCGUUCCGACCCUCGACUUGGACUCGUUGGAGCCCGGUCCCAGGCCUGAACCUGAUCCAGAACGUUCUCGCCGGAGAAUUAGCCUUCGAUUUUUCAAUCGCUCAGGAAGCUCGCGACGUCUGCAGGACUCCCCGACAAUCGACUUUCUCGAUAAAGAUGACUGUGCACCUGCCCCCGUGGUCCGGAAAACCAGGCAAAUAGCGAAUUCCAGGGCGAUACAAGCGAGCCAAAGCAACGAAGACCCAUCAACAACAGGUAAUGGGAACCUUGGCGUGUCUGCGCCAACCUACGCAGAUACCACGGGCGAAGAGGUCACCCACAGGACUCUUCCUCAUUCUUUGACCGAACGCAACCUCACCUCGACCGGCACGGCGACCAAGAACUCGCACUCUCACGUCAAGGAUCACAAGAGGAGAAGCUCUCUGGGAAUACUCGGCUGGGUCAAAGGAGCCAGUGGGCUCGCAUCUCUCGGGAAGAAAGCCGACCCUGUGGAUUCCACACCGGCAACAUCCCAGCCUAGUAAGAGUCGAGUAUCCUCUCGACUCGGUCAAGAAGGUCCGGGUCCGGCCUCGACGAUCCCCGAGGCAAUUAAAGAUCCGAAUAAUCUCGCGGCCAUGAAUAUCGUUGUCGAAGACUUUGCAUAUAACCCCAAACGCAUGUCCCGAGCGGAGGAAGAAGAAACGGGACGGCGGCCACGAUAUAUGGAACGACGUUCACGGCGAGCCUGA